GUGGCAGAGUUGGUGAGUGUGUCAGUGUUUCUGGCAGUGGCUUAGUGAGGGUCUCUCUCUCAGAAGUUGUAACUUUCUAUCAAUCUUCAAUCACUUAACUUGGAGAUAAAGGAAAUCAGAAGUGACAUCAUUCUGAUAUUCAAUAACUCGGGAAGUACCUCAGCACAGAGGAGAUCUGUACGCUGGUGAUAGCAGAGGCCUUCCCAGAGGAUGGAGGUCAGUUCUGCUGCACUGCAACCAACCUUUACGGCUCCGUCAGCAGUACAGCCCAACUCUCUGUCACCGGAGGGGCCUUCAACACUCCCACAGCGGUGUACGACUCGGUCAGGAAUGGUGUGGCGUCCGGGGACGUCUCUGUCUUUGAAGACACCCAGGCCUUUCCCCCUCCCCCGCCCACAGAGAUCAGCCUAUUGGAGGUUCCGCCCAAGGUCCCACCCAGUACCUGCGCCGAGGGUUUCCACGUCAACGAGCUGGAGAUCUGGCCCAGCAUGUCGGGCCUACAGCCUGUCCACAUGUACCACGACGUGGAGGGUCAGGACCGGGCCAACUGGGCACUGCAGAAUGGCAUGCCUGCCAGCCCCCCUCAGCCCUCCUUCAGCCUGCCUCCACGAGAGGCCCAGCCAGACUUCCCAGGCCCAGCCAAGAUGUCUCCGCCACCGGUGAAGGAAGGUCCUCCACUGCCCACCAAGCCCAAACUAGCGGAGGGUAUAGAGGAGGAGACAGAAUAUGACAGGAACGCAGAACAGUUGAAGGAGCUGCAGGAUCAGAUUAUAUUGGAACAGCAGGAAGCAGCCAAUUGGAUCCAACAUCAGGAGCAAGAGCAGGAAGUCCCGCCUCUGCCACAGCAGCCCCAGGAAGUGCCCUCUCUGCCCUCUCUUUCUCUUCACCCUCCUCCCUCCUUCCAGGAGAUGGAGAGCAGCGCCAUGCAGACCAGCACCUUCAACUACGCCCGGCCCAAGCAGUUCAUUGCUGCCCAGAGCCCUGGGGGGACUGGCCCUAUGGGGGGCUAUGUCACCCAGUCCUCGGGGUCUUCUGGUUCCAGCUUGCCCUCACCCCUCUCCCCACCCACCUCACAAAAACCCUUCACCAGGGUUGUCCUGCCUCCCUUCAGUAAGAGCGGCAGCAUUGAGUCUCAGUCCCCUUCCUCUCCCUCCUUCCCACCUCCACCUCCUCCCUUCCUUAGUAGCAGCAUUUCAUCCUUGUCAGGCCCUGCCAAAGACUUCCCUCCACCCCCUCCUCCCCCUCCUCCACCUGUCUCUUCGGCUCCUCCCUACUCCCUCGCCCACUCCAACAGCUCCUCCCCCUUCACCUCCAUGCCCCAAUCACCUGCUGGCUUCCUGGCCUCUGUCCUUCCAGCCACACCCACUAGCCCAUCCUUCAACGCCCUGGGCCUGCCUAAAGGGAACGGGACUAUCAGUGCUUUUCCCCGGAAGCAGUCCAGAGGAACCCCACGCCUGGCCUCAGACUCUGACAUCCAGGGAACCAAGGAUGCUGUCAUUCAGGACCUGGAGAGGAAGCUACGAUUCAAGGAGGAGCGCAUGAGCAACGGACAACAGAGGUUAACCUAUGAGGAGAAGAUGGCUCGCAGGCUGCUGGGGGCAGACAACGCAGCCACAGUACUAAACACACAGCAGCAGGAUGAGGAGCCAGUCACACAGGAUUCCAGUUCAUCUGAUAUAGAAUCUGUCCCUCAAAAGGAGUACAAGGUGUCCAGCUUCGAGCAGCGCCUGAUUAGUGAGAUCGAGUUCCGCCUGGAGCGCUCUCCAGUGGAGGAGUCUGACGACGAUGUGCAGCAUGACGAGGAUACCACCGGCACCGGGGUGGUGCCCUUCUUCGACAGCAAGCUCAAACACUACAAGGUGUUCGAGGGCAUGCCCAUCACCUUCUCCUGCAAGGUCAUUGGAGACCCCAAGCCAAAGAUCUACUGGUUUAAGGAUGGGAAGCAGAUCUCUAAGAGGAGUGAACACUACAGGAUCAGCCGCGACGCUGACGGGACCUGCAACCUCCACACCGCCGCCGCCUCAUUGGACGAUGACGGCAACUACACCAUUAUGGCUGGUAACCCUGAGGGGAGGGUGAGCUGUACUGGAAGGAUGAUGGUCCAGGCAGUGAACCAGAGGGGGAGGAGCCAGCGUUCUGCACCUGGACACAUCCGCAGACCUAGGUCUCGGUCCAGAGACAGUGGUGAUGAGAACGAGAACAUCCAGGAGCGUCACUUCCGCCCCCACUUCCUGCAGGCGCCUGGUGACCUCAUCGUCCAGGAGGGUAAGCUCUGCCGGAUGGACUGCAAGGUGAGUGGCUUGCCCACACCAGACCUGAUCUGGCAGCUGAAUGGUCAGACCAUCCGUCCUGACUCUGCCCACAAGAUGCUGGUGAGGGAGAAUGGCGUCCACUCGCUGGUCAUCGAGCCCGUGUCCAGCCGUGAUGCAGGCAUCUACACCUGCAUCGCCAGCAACCGCGCCGGACAGAACUCCUUCAACCUGGAACUCAUUGUAGCAGCCAAAGAGAUGCACAAGGCCCCUUCGUUCAUCGAGAAGCUGCAGAACACUGGUGUUGCCGAAGGUUACCCGGUGCGUCUGGAGUGCCGUGUGUCGGCUGUUCCCUACCCACAGAUCUUUUGGAAGAAAGAGAAUGAGUCUUUCACGCACAACACAGACAGGAUAAGCAUGCACCAGGACAACUGUGGCUAUCUGUGUAUGAUCAUCCAACCAGCCAUGAAGGAGGACGCUGGCUGGUACACUGUGUCGGCCAAGAACGAGGCUGGCAUUGUGUCCAGCACUGCACGACUUGACGUCCACACUCAGUGGCAGCAGCCCAACACUCCCAAGCCUAAGAAGGUGCGUCCGUCGACGAGUCGCUAUGCAGCGCUGACAGAGAGAGGGCUGGACGUGAAGGCAGCCUUCUUCCCUGACUCCAGCCCCCUGCAGCCGGGAGGCCUGGUGGAGAGUGAUGACCUGUAGAGACCAGCGGGGGCACCACAUGCCCAAACAACUCCCUAAUGUAAUGCCUUAAAACUGACCCUUGACCCCAGUACCACCAGCCCUGUUCCGCCCCGUUCUCCCCAGACAUAGGGGUAAUUGUAACCCCCUCCACCCGAGGUGUUUUACGACAAGGCCACAGAUACCUUUCUGGAAGAUGGAUGACGGGCAAUGUGACACCCCAUAAUAUCUCAGUGUCAAUCAAACAUGGAUCCCAAUUUAGGAUUAGAUGGUUCCAUUUUGUCAACCAUAAAAGCAGAGGAAUCUACCCUGAGCAGCCAUUGAAGUUUAUUUUCGAUUGUAAAACUGCCAUUACCACACAAAAGUGGGUUCACCUCUGAAGUGUCUGAGAUAUCUCACACAAUCUCUCUGUAAAAAUUAUAAUUGAAGGUUUAAAGUUUAAGUUGAAAGUAGCAUUAUUAUGCAUGUUACAAUGUUGCCAUUUGUAACGCUGUAUCUAAAUGAAUGACGUUUUAUGAAAUACUCCCUCAACAAAGGCACCAAAUUGUAGGGGCAGAGAUAUGUAGAAAUGGGACAGACUUUGGAUCUGCAAUGGAAAGUCCAAAGCAUGGGAGCAGCACGUUAUGUUUCCCUGGACUGUUGAGGGACGAAGGAGAAACCCCAAAACACAAAGUUAUUAUUUUAUAUGGGUAUCACAGCAUAGUCUGGGUAAUAUAGCACAAUAUGGAUAUCAGCAGAGUCUAUUUUUUUUGUUAUAAGUAGCACAAUACCCUAGAUAUCAGAAUUGUCGGGUUCAACAUUUAUCAUAAUUACCAUAGAUAUUGCACAAGGCCGGGCCUUACAUACUUUUCGCUUCUGUUUUUUUGUCAGGUCAAAUGACCUUGGAAGUUAAAACUGUUUAGUAACUUUAGAUGAGUUGUGAAAAAGAGAAUGUUGGCUGAAUGAUGCAGACACUGUUGAGAGCUUUGUGUUACCAUAGUAACUUCAGUGAUUGAUUGAUGGAAAGAGAGGUCCGUGACAUACUAGGAGGUACUGGCAUGUGAAGGUUGACUGUAACAGGGACAGGAUGAGGGGUUAUCCUGGGCCAGGAGGCCCACAAGAUCUGUCUCAGCCAAGUGUCAACAGUCACUUCAACGCUUGUGAACUGUGUGAUCCGUGAGUGGGAGACGUCAAGGACAGACAAAAGCAAGUUUUUCAGAAUGGAAUUCAGUGUGAGAAGAUGACAAAGCAAUGGAUUAUGUUGAUGAAAGGAUGAUGGUGUUGAUGAUAAUGAAAAUGACCGUUAUGACAGAUUCUGGAGAUAAUUUAUUUCCUUUGAUGGUUUCAGUUUAAAAUCUUCACAAACACAGGAGACAGUCCUAAAAAUGGCUUCAGUGGAUUGAUCACACAUUACAGAUGGUCUGCUUUAUUUUUGUAUGAAAAAACAACAACUCUGUAUUUACUUUCCCAAGAAACUUGACAUAAAUUAUGUUAGAGAUUUUUUAUCUUGUCAAAUGUUCAAUGACAAAACAUAACCCUGUCUGUAUUAAAAUAUCAUACUUUUUAAAACUAUAUUGCCUUUGAAAGAUCACUUGGGCCUAUUUUAAUCACAAUAUCUGUCCAUAUUUUUCUGAGGCACUUUUACCAAAUGACAAUUAUAAACUGUUUAGAAGGGAGAAUAUAUGCACAGAAUUGUAUUGAAAUAAGUAAUUAUAUAUUUUCUUUCACUACUGUAUUACCAAAUGGGCAUCUUUUGCUGUAUCUGCUCAGAUCAUGUUUCAUCCUGCCAUUACUGUGGUCACUCACACAAACAUAUAUGACACCUUUUUGAUUUAUAUGCCAAUCUGUGCCUGUAUAUGGAAUGUUCUCCUGAUAUCAUGUUAGUUUAUGAAAGGUAAUAAAAAAUCAAAGUCUGGA